AUGAACCGGCUCUGGAACAUCAGGCGUUUGGAGCCACUCCAGGGACCCCUGAAGUGGGUCCCCACCCUGGGGGAGCUGCAGAAGACCCUCCAGAAGGGCGAGUACUUGCCCCUCCGCCCGCUGCCCAUGUUCGAGAGUAACUUUGUCCAGGUGACCAAUCGAGGGGCCCCAGUGUACGUGCACCACAGAACCAACCGAGUGACCAUGGGCGUGGCCGCAUCCCUGCCAAGCCUGGUGUUGCCAGACAUCCUGCUGAUGGCCCAGCCCCCCGAGGGCAGGGAGUGCGCCAGCCUCGUCCUCACCAGGAUGAUCCCGCUGGACCUGGCCCACCUCUACGUCCACGACCUGUCUGCCUGGCGCCUGAAGCUGCGUCUGGUCACGGGCCGCUACUAUUACCUGGAGCUGGACGCCCCUGACAGUGAGGUCAGCUUCCUGUUUGACCGCUGGAUCCGCCUCAUCAACCUGCUCCAGCAGCCUGCCACCUCCCGGGCUCCCAGGACCCUACACACGCCUCCCAUGGACCUGGGUCACGUGGCACCUCCUGCCUCCACCUGGCGCCUCCAGUGUCCCCCUGUCUUUCCAGUCAUGAUUGUCGAGCCCACCUUUCCUUACGAGAUUCUGACGACUCAGAGACAGAGGAAGGCCAAGACCCUCAAGAGCAAAUUCAAGUCUCAGACCGUGGGUGACUCCGUGCCUCUCGUCUGGUCGCAGCAGGAGCAAGCUGACAUGAGAAAGAAAUCUACAGAAAAGAAGUCCCAACCGGACCUCUCCCCUGAGAGACCUCAAGCCGAAAUCCAAGUUUCCGGUUUACUUGAGACCCCUUCACUCUGUAUCUCGGAGGACAGCCCUGAAAUGCCCUUGCUGGGCUCCUGUGAUCACUUGGAUAUGUACCCGUGGCAACAGGACAUGGACGACCUGAUGGACCCGGAGGCCAGCACCUUGUCCACGUCCUCCCUCUGCCCAGCCGCCUACCCUCCUGACUUCCGCAGGUGCAACGAACAGGCCAGGCCUCUGGACUCCGUGCAGAGACUGUGGCCGCCGCCCUCCCAGAAGCCCCCAGCCAUCCCUGCUGCCUCUUGUAAGGCUCCAUUCAUCCUUGACCAGCCCCAGAAGUUCUUGGCUGUACCUGCUCCAUCCCGGAAAGCGCCAGCUUUUCCUGCUGCUCCCCAGGAGGCCCCAGCCACACCUGGCCCAUCUCGGAAGAUCCCACAUGUACUGGCUAUUCCCCACAAGACCCCAGCCGUGCCUGCCAAAUCUCGGAAGGUCCCACAUGUACUGGCUGUUCCCCACAAGGUCCCAGUCAUGCCUGCCCCAUCUCAGAAGGCCACACAUGUAUUGGCUACUCCCCACAAGGCCCCAGCUGUGCCUGCCCCAUCUCAGAAGGCCCCACAUGCACUUGCUGUUCCCCCAAAGGCUGUGUCCCCCUCUGCUCCAAACAGGAAAUCUGUGUUCCUACCUACCCUGUCCCAGAAGGCUCUGACCUUACCUACCCAAUACCAAAUGACAUUGGACCCUGCUACCACUGGCGUGUUGCCUGCGGGAAGUCACGGAGGAGAUGUGCUUGAGCAAAGCAAGCCUGAAGGGAAGCCAGAGCCCGUGGUGUUGAUGGGCACCCAGGAGACAAACACAGUAGAGAUGAGGACUCAGAAAACACCCCUGGAGCUGCCUUUCACCACCACCGAGAAGGAGUCGGAGGAAGUCCUGGUCAGCAGAGCCCAGGAUAUCACCGUGGAUGGCUUGAAGGGCAAGGGCAAGUUGGAGGACAAAGUCCGCAGGAUGAAGAAGGAGAUCUCUCUGGACAUGCCGGGCUUCAAAUCCAAGGAGGUGGGGCAGCAGAAGAAGUGGAUCAAGACCCAGGAGCUGGCCGUCGAGGAAGCCUCGCAGGGGCAGACCAGGCCCUUCUCAGUGGAAGGGCUCACCCUUGACAAGCUGAUGAUCAUUGCCAGUUCCAAGGAUCCCUCCUUGAGAUCAACUCUGGUCAAUCUGCCCUCUUGGCUCUCAACCCAGCAGGGGUCUGCCAUGCCAACUAUGGACACGGUACCCCUCCGCACCACCAAGGUGUCCUUGCUGGAGGAGACACCGGUGGUGGUCAGGGAGCAGCCACAGUUGGGGGCCUGGGCGAAGGGGAACACGCAUCCAUGGGCGGAGGUGGAGGAGGUGCCCCGGGACCCAAAGGGGCCUUCCAAAGCGUCCCCCUGCCCCAAGCGUGCCACCAGCAGCCCCAAGAUGAAUGUUGCCUCCCUGACUCCCAUCCCUCUGCCCUCAGCGAGGUGGGAAGAUGUAACCGAGUCGCCUGCCUCGCUGACCCCUGUCUCAAAGAUGGAGGCCAGGGUCUCCCAACAGCCCAGGAGAGUAUCUCAAGAGCCCAAGAGGGUGCCGGACCAGUGCCCCAUGGCCACAGUGGGGUCGUCCUUGGAGAUUCUCUUGCCCACUCUCUUGGAAAUUGAGAGUAUGAAGGACACGGCCUCCAAGGUGGAGAAGAUAAAGGAGGAAGUGGGCGUCUUUGCUACUUCGCCCAGCAUGCACCGUUCCCAGCGGCCUCAAUAGCGGGAUGCGGGGAACUCAACCUCAGUCGCCGAAGUGUCCAGAGGAGCCCAGCGAGGCCAGGUAGCCCCUGAACCCUGCAGAUCAUCCUUA